AUGUCUGAUUCUCCUCUCCUCACUAUUCCUACAGAGCUCCUCAUCGAAACUCUCAGUUUCCUCGACGCUGCCUCCUUGUGUCGAUGCAGAGAGGUCUGUCGAGAUCUGAAAACCCUUGUGGACUCGACCUCUGUCCUUCAGUACAAAAUCGAACUAUACGCGACCGGGACUGAAAGCAGCAUCCUCGACAAUCGCAAUGUCGCAUCCCGUCUGGAAAAGUUGAAGUCCUACGAUAAAGGAUGGGCCCAGCUCGCCUUUUCUGCGCGCGAUAACAUCCCCAUGAAACGCGGGGGUGUUUGGGAACUCUAUGGUGGAGUUCUCGCUCAGAACAGUCGAAUGGGGACCUUUUACUUCAAUCGUCUUCCGUCCACGAUUCGAGGCAUCAAGGCAAAGGCAUGGACCAUGGAGCCUCCGUCGUUCCAGGUCCGUGACUUUGGUAUGGAUCCGUCCCAGGAUCUUUUGGUUAUGAUCGAAAGGCCCAAAUGGUCAAGGGCUCGUGGAGAGACCACACACACCCUCCAUUUGCUUUCCCUGGAAAACAAUCCUGGCCAACCUCACCCCCUUCCUCGCCCCGAGAAUAGAGUCCUACAUCUCGUCCAAGGAUUCAGGGACCCUGGAUUUUCUUAUACUAUCCAGGUCUCUGGCGAUCAUAUCGGGCUGCUUGUAAUAACCGCCCAUUACAGAUUGCACGAGUUUGUGAUUUGGAACUGGAAAACGGGCAACAUGCUCUUGGACACUGUCAGCGAGAGCAUUCUGUCGUUCUCGUUUCUAUCCGACGAGCACGCGUUGAUAUGUUAUAUCCUCCCGGACCUGGACGAGGAUGAUCAGAACUUUGCAGAACCCACUCUGACCGUCGUAAACUUUAUGAAGGAAGGCAACGAGAAAAAGAAUUUCGACCAACUCAAAACCACGAUUUCGUUCCGCUAUCCUCCUUUAAAUCGCGAUCUGUUUAUCCCCGUCGCCUUCGAAGUUCGCUCUGAUCCAUCACCGCCUUGGGAACCUCGCUUUGACGUUAACGUCCCUUUCCAUCUCGCCAAGAAUCAUCGCGUUUAUAUCGUGUCGCUCUGGGUACAGGUCUCGGAGGGGAUCCAAUGCCUUAUGAUGUUUGUUCCCCUCACCACCUUCAUGAAACAUCUCGAGCAGGCUCCAUUGGAGAAAGAAGAAAACCGAAUUCGGAUUUGGGACGAAUGGGGACCCACCGGGACCCGCCUCAUGAUUUCACCGCAUUCUCACUCACAUGUCUGGGUAUGCUAUGUAUACGGCACACGAUAUGUUGCGCUGGAGUCGCACAAUGUUCUGAGAAGGGACGAGUUGCUGUGCAGAACCUACGAUUUCAAUCAGCCCGGGCUACGCAGGGCACUGCGUACAGCAGACGAGAGUCAGAUUGUCAGGGAGGAAGGAGUUGGGGAAGAGAUCAAAACGUCAACAGAAACGAUUUACCAAUUGGCCCCGACCGUGAUUCCAGAGGGAGACAUCUUUGCCCGGGAAGUACGAACAUCGUUACCGUACCGUUGGCGAUCCAUUCCACUCGGAGAUGUGGCAGGCAGGCUGCAGACCAGUUAUUCCGUGAUGUGCACAGAGGAUAACCUGAUUGUUAUUGACCAAAGGAACAAUGAGUAUAUCAUUCACAGCUUCUGA